CACAAAUACACGCUCAAUGUGUAAAACAAGGGAGGUUUUAGAAAAGCAAGAAAAAAUAGGGAGGCGAUGUGUAAAUUUAUAUAAACAGCUUCGUCUUUGCGUCUUUGCCUAUUGGCUUUGCUUGUGAAGUUCUUUACAGAGAGAGAGAGAGAGAAAGAGGGGGGAAAGAACAAGAGCAGCAACCACAUUCUUUAUUCCUCUCACAAUUUCCCCCAAAUUGCUCUAACUGAAAUACAUUCUGGGUUCGAAUCCUUUUCUUCUUUCGAUCAAAUCUAAACAAACUUACCCUCAAGGUACAAAGAUCAGUCGUCUAAUUUCACAUUCUUUAUGAAGUUAUGAAUCUUUAAUCAGAAAUGAUGAUUAAAUUCAUAUUCAAGAAAGUUGCAGAUUAUCGUGCCUAACUCGAUCAUGAUUGAAUCGGUGUAGAUGGAUUCGAUUAUCGACGGAGUUCGUUCUUUGCCACCCAGCCAUAACUCUGCAACCAUGUCAACCUUCAAUCCGCGUUCAAGAAGCCGACCUCCUCAUCCGCGCUCUGCAAAACAAUCAAACCGAGAAAUAUCUCCAUCUUCAUCCCAUUUCUUACCAGAUAUUUCCACAAUGUCUGUUGCAAGUUCUUAUAAAACCUCCAAGGAUUACAUCGAAAGGGAAGCCAUACCAUCUACCCACUCAAAACCUAAUUCUGCACCCGAUAAACGGAAAACAGAUGUUCAAUCGGCGAGAGAUUACUUCCAUAACCACAUCCUAGAGGUGGAAGCUAAAUUCGGAAGCAAACAGCCCAUCAAUCCACCAAUCGGCAUGAACACAGAUCGUGGUCAUGGUCAUGGUCAUGGUCCUGGUCCUGGUCAUGUUCCUAGCGCAAGCCCACAAAACAGUUUCUAUUCCGUCACACAGUUUUCAGAAGCCAAAGAAAGCUUCACCAGCACAGAGGUGAGCGAGUUUGCAAGCACAAUCGGUAAGGAUGACGAAAGUGGUCAAAUCAGUGUUCAAACUAGCGAUUAUCUUGAAAGCAACAAGACAAGCAGUAUAUACAGAGAAAGCACUGGAAGCGAUCUAAGCGAUGAUAGUACCUCAAGCAGUUUCAAUAGCGCCAUUUUCAAACCCCACAAACAAAACGACACAAGAUGGGAAGCAAUUCAAAUCGUAAGAUCCAGAAACGAAACUGGUAUGAUAGAAAUCAGAAACUUUAGACAUCUAAAGAGACUGGGAUGUGGAGACAUCGGAAGUGUUUAUCUUUCUGAGUUGAUCGGGACACAGAACUACUUCGCCAUGAAAGUGAUGGACAAAACUGCCCUCGCAAGCAGGAAUAAGCUCUUGAGGGCACAAACGGAAAAGGAAAUCCUUCAAUCUCUUGAUCACCCGUUUCUCCCCACUUUAUAUGCACAUUUUGACACCGAAAAGUUGUCAUGUUUAGUCAUGGAGUAUUGUCCUGGUGGCGAUUUGCAUGCUCUCCGCCAAAAACAACCUGGAAAGUUCUUCCCGGAGCACGCAGUCAGGUUUUAUGUAGCAGAAGUGCUCCUUGCUUUGGAGUAUCUGCAUAUGCUUGGGAUCAUUUACAGAGACCUUAAACCAGAGAAUGUGUUGGUGAGGGAAGAUGGUCACAUAAUGCUCUCGGAUUUCGAUCUCUCUUUGAGAUGUGUUGUGAACCCAAAACUGGUUAGAUCCAUGAGAACCACCACCACCGCUGUGGAACCGAAAACAUCCGAUUCCCGUGAUCAGCCUGCCUGUAUCGAACCAUCUUGCAUGGUUCAGCCAUCCUGUAUGCAACCCUCCUGUUUCAGUCCCCGUUUCAUGAGCAAACCCAAGAAAGAAAAGAGAUCGAAACCAAAAACAGAGAUUUACAACCAAGCGAUUCCAUUACCUGAGCUGAUUGCAGAGCCGACAAAUGCCCGGUCGAUGUCGUUUGUUGGGACCCACGAGUAUCUGGCACCGGAGAUCAUCAAGGGUGAAGGGCAUGGGAGUGCUGUGGAUUGGUGGACUUUUGGGAUUUUUCUAUACGAGCUUUUGUUUGGUAAAACUCCGUUCAAAGGGGCGAGUAAUCGGGCGACGUUGUUCAAUGUGGUGGGGCAUCCGUUGAGGUUUCCAGAAACGCCGUCGGUUAGCUUUGCAGCGAGGGAUUUGAUUAGGGGGUUAUUGGUGAAAGAACCGCAGCAUCGGCUUGCUUACCGGAGAGGGGCGACGGAGAUUAAACAGCACCCGUUUUUCCAGAGUGUGAAUUGGGCGUUGAUCCGUUGUGCCACUCCGCCGGAUAUUCCGAUUCCGUCGCCGGAGAGAGUAGAGGUAAAGCCUACUGGUAGCUACUUAGAGAUUGAUUUCUUUUAGGUCUCAAUUGUGUAAUGUGUAAUGUGUUAGUGUAAAGAACCUCAUGGAAAUAUGCAUCUUGUCACUUGUGUGUGUUGUAGUCGAGUACUCAAGUCUAUGUAUAUGUGGUUGGAUGGAGCCAUGGAGGCUUGUGCCAUUAGGUGCACACAACCCCAUAAAAAGUUUUUUUUUUUUUUCAAAGAAAAACUCUUGAAAUCAGAUUUGUGAGAAACGGACCGGUUUGAACCGGAAAGGAAAUAAAUAAACCGUGUAUAAACGUUUUUGUUUUUAGAUCACAGCACAUAUCAUUCUUUUAUUUAGGUAGAAACUUGUCCUAAUAUUGGUAGUUUUGAGGUUCAAGUUAAUGCAAAAUGAAAGAAAUAGUAGAAUUGUAUCUUUGUUAUGAC